GCUGAGUGUGUGGAAACUCUCCAAGAGAAGCUGUGAAGUUCUGUCUUCAGUUCUCAGUGCCCAGUCCUGUAAUCUAAAAAAACUGGACCUGAGUAACACAAGCCUGACAGAUUCAAGAAUCCAGCUUCUGUCUGUUGGACUCAUGAGUCCACAUUGUCAACUGGCAACUCUCAGACUGAGUUGCUGUAACCUGUCAGAGAGGUGCUGUGAAUUUCUGUCCUCGGUCCUCAGCUCCCAGUCCUCCGGUCUCACAGAUCUGGACCUGAGCAACAACAACCUGCAGGACUCAGGAGUGAAGCUGCUUUCUGUUGCUCUGAAGAGUUCACACUGUCACCUGGAAACUCUCAGACUAAAUUACUGUAACCUGUCGGAGAGAAGCGGUGAGGUUCUGUCGUCAGUCCUCAGCUCCCAGUCCCCCGGUCUCAAAGAACUGGACCUGAGCAACAACAACCUGCAGGACUCGGGAGUGAAGCUGCUUUCUGCUGCCCUGAGGUGUCCACCCUGUCACCUGGAAACUCUCAGGCUGUCAGGCUGUCGGGUCACAGAGGAAGGCUGUGCUCCUCUGAACUCAGCUCUGAGCUCCAACCCUUCCCAUCUGAGAGAGCUGGACCUGAGCUACAAUCAUCCAGGAGACUCGGUGAAGCUGCUGGCAGCUGGACUGAUGGAUCCACACUGGAGACUGGACACACUCAGGGUGGAGCCUGCUGGAGUCCGAUGGCUGACACCAGGUCUGAGGAAGUAUUCCUAUCAGCUCACAAUCGACACAAACACGGUGAGCAGAAAACUCCAGCUGUCCGACAACAACAGGAGGGUGACCCGUGUGGAGGAGGUCCAGUCAUAUCCUGUCCAUCCAGACAGAUUUGAUGUUUCUCAGCUGCUGUGUGGAGCUGGUCUGACUGGUCGCUGCUACUGGGAGGUCGAGUGGAGGGGAAGAGUUUUCAUAUCUGUGAGCUACAGAGGGAUCAGAAGGAGAGGAGACAGUAAAAGCUGCAGGUUUGGAUGGAAUGAUCAGUCCUGGAGUCUGGAGUGCAUUGAUGGUGGUUACUCUGUCUGGCACAAUAACAAUGGAAUAUCCAUCUCCUCCUCCUCCUCCUCCUCCUCCCGCAGAGUGGCAGUGUACGUGGACUGUCCUGCUGGCAUUUUGUCCUUCUACAGAGUCUCCUCUGACUCCCUGAUCCACCUCCACACCUUCAACACCACGUUCACUCAAACUCUUCAUCCUGGAUUUACCGUUAGUUCUGGUUCAGUGUUUGUGUGUUGA